CUCGAAUCGCUUGAAAAAGCGCUUUCCGUUUAGAGCGCGUUCUACUGCGAAACGCACCACUAGCCCAGGACACGGAGGAGAAACGACUCAUUACCUGUCCGAGAGGUAAAUGAUCGCACCAGUGUUCCAUCAAGCACUGCAAAAUGAGAUGUCUUGGGAACUGAAAUUAAAUUAGAUCCUGGAAAUCAGAAGUGCAUAUACAGCUUGGUUUUUUAUUUGGAUCAGCCUGUGGUGUGGAUGAACAGACGGUGAUGGAGGGCGGCCGCCUUAAUAACAGCAUGCAGCCCUGGCUGGGGUGGGAUGGGAUGGAGGUUUGCCCACUCUCAAUGGGUGGCACCACCUUCCUGAUCAUGGCUUACAGCACCAUGCUGGCUGUGGGUCUGGUGGGAAACUCCUGCCUUGUCCUGGUUAUCCUGCGCCAAAAGGAAAUGCACAACGUGACUAACAUCUUCAUCGCCAACCUUUCCAGCUCCGACAUCCUCAUGUGCGUCAUAUGCCUGCCCAGUACCAUCACCUACACACUGAUGGACAGGUGGAUUCUAGGAUUAGCGCUUUGCAAAUUGACUUCGUUCGUCCAGUGUCUGUCCAUCACGGUCUCCGUUUACACCUUGGUGCUGAUCACACUGGAAAGGCAUCAGCUCAUCAUCCACCCUACUGGCUGGAAGCCUGUGCUUGGACACUCGUACCUGGCUGUGGCUGUCACCUGGAUUAUGGGAUGCUUUGUCUCACUGCCCUUCUUUUCCUUCACCUACUUGGAAGACUUGACCGCCCACAACCUCACCAUGCCCACAAAUCCUUCUGAAGAUCAUCUGGUCUGCCUGGAAAAGUGGCCAUCAGAGGGGAACCGUUUAGCGUACACUACAUCCAUUCUGGUCUUUCAAUACUGCCUGCCUCUUUCACUCAUCAGCAUCUGCUACUUGCGCAUUUUUCUGCGCCUCAGCCAGCGCAGAGACAUUAUCGAGAGGACACAGGACGCACGGCAACGGAACGCAAAACACUCCCGGCGCAUCAACUUAAUGCUAGCCUCCAUCGUGGCCCUGUUUGCCCUGUGCUGGCUGCCGCUGUACGUCUUCAACACCAUUUUCGACUGGAACCACGAAAUCCUCACGUGGUGCCACAACGCUGUCUUCUCUGUGUGUCACCUCAUUGCCAUGGCUUCCACGUGUGUCAACCCCAUUAUCUACGGCUUUCUCAACAACAACUUCCAGAAGGAGCUGAAGUCUCUGCUGUACCAGUGCCGAUGCUCAGGGGUCCCGAGGAGCUACGAGAGCUUCCCGCUGUCAACCGUCAGCACCGAUAUGACGAAAGGCUCUGUUCUCAGCAACGGCUCUGACAGCAUUGCCGUCUCACCUCAACAGCAAGAGAAAGAGUGUUUGUAAAUAAGUACCUCGUGUAAAUUAGACUGAGCUACAGUUGUUGGCUAAGUUACAUAGGCUCAGAUAUUAUUUGGAAAACAAACAUGGUUCCAUAUCACUAUGAACCUGAUCCUAUAAAUUGGAUUGAACCGCAUUGCUAAACAAGGCUCAUACAUCAUCAUCAGCCAACUCGAAUUUGAAGAUGAUCAGUUGCAUCACUUAUUUUUUAAAAAUGUUCCUUAUGAUCAGAGGUCACUGUGUAAAUAUUGAAGAUUAUAUUUUCUUGGCUCAACUCUCUUGAACUCACCUUAAAAAGUAUAGAACGACCUUAAAAGGUAAGUUUCACCUGUUAGUCACGAAGUAGAGCAUUAUAUGCUAAAGUAGGUUGUGUAACUGAGAUUGUAGUCCUAUGAAAUACACAGUGCUUAUGUGUGAUGUUAAACGCUUAUUUACAAAAUAAGGUGGGGGAGGUGCUCCUCGUGCAACCGAUGGAAACAUGGCUGUCAUCUGAAAACAGUAACGUUUCAAGAAAAGGCAUACAGCGGUGGACAUUAAUGGACCUACCACGAGGAUGUGUACGAUCGGAAAGACAUGCAUGCUACAGCGCUACAGGAAACAUUUCACAUGACAAUAGAUACUGCGUUUGACCAGCAAGUGACAGUGUUACGUUAAGGGGCGGGGUUACACAUCUGAAUGAAGUUCUCUGCAUCAGUCAGGAAAACAACGCAGCUAUCUAAAAGAUUUCUGAGAGACCUUUACCUGAGACCUUGCCUGAAAAACACAGUGUUUCUUUGGUUUAAAAAUGUGAAUGUAAACCACAAUUUUUUUUAUUUCAAAAAAACAAAUUUAUUCCAUUAAUUUAUUCCUUUUUGUUCUGCACAGUUUGAUUCACUAUUAUCACGUACCGAUUCGUAGAUCAGCAUAAGGUCACAAGGUCAAAAGUGUAAAUAUAAAAACGCAGCAUGACAUUAGCUUAGAAUUCAUUAGAGUUAAACAAGCUACAUGUUUGUUCGUUCAGUGAUAAUGAAAGCUGACGCAGCAAAAGCCCUUAAUUAAUUCAUUAUCUAAUCCAUAGUAUAAUAUCCACGUUGCAAGGUGACCAAAUCCAAUUGAUUGUUUGCAUCGCAAUCACAUUUGCUUGAAUAUUCACACUGGCUGUUAGCUAGCUAACGAUAGCAUGCAGUGGGCCUCAUUUGUCAAUAUUGUCUUAGAAGGCCAAACCGAACUAAAAAUUCCCAUCAGAUUUAAUACAUUUCAUGCUUUAGUGCUAGUAAUGCUGAAUUUACUUAGUACUUGUGUGCUUUAUAAUGUGUGUCUGUAAUCGCUAAGAAAUUACCUAGAAUUUUUGAGGCACAGCUAGUUUACAUUUAGCCACGCCCACUAAACUCCGAAAACAACAAACUGACAAUUAAAAUGUGAAAGAAAUCCUUAACACAGCAUGUGCUAAAGUGACAAAAAUGACUAACUUGUUUCUGUUUUAUAUAUUUUUAAUUUUAUAACAAAAAUGAGUAUCUUCAUUUUUGUUUUCAUUUAUAAUUUGUUUUGGAAUGCGGUCUUUCAGGUCAUUAACGUGAAACAACCAAAUGUCACAAAAUGUUCAUCAAAUUUGUGCAUGCACUUGUUAGGAGUGUAACGUUGAUAUAAAACCGCAGUAGCUCAUCACUCAUCUGAAUGUCUUAACGGUGAAAAAGUGAUCUGUAAAACGAUGAACUCUCAUUCCAAAUAUACAGCUUAUAUACA